UUCUCUGAGGUUAUGGCUGGGGGUGGGCGGCUGGCUCUGCGGGCACUGCCAGGGUCGGGCUGGGUGCGGGGCUCGGGCUCCGCUUUGCUGAGCCGCCUGAAGGAUGUGGCCGUGGUGCGUCCCGGCUUCCUGAGCAAGGACGAGGAAGCAACGAUGAGCCGCGAGGUGGAACCCGAGCUUCGGCGUCGCCGCUACCAAUACGAUCACUGGGACGCGUUUCUCUGUUUCCCUUGGGAACUGCAUGACUUGGCCCAGCCCUCUCUGUUCUCUGUGCAGGCCAUCCACGGGUUUCGGGAGACAGAGAAGUCCCGCUGGUCAGAGGCCAGCCAGGCCAUCCUGCAGCGCGUACAAGAGGCUGCCUUUGGCCCUGGCCAAACUCUGCUGUCCCCAAUCCAUGUGCUAGACCUGGAGCCUCAGGGCUACAUCAAGCCCCAUGUAGACAGUGUCAAGUUCUGUGGAGCCACCAUUGCGGGGCUGUCCCUACUGUCUCCAAGUGUCAUGCGGCUGGUGCACACCCAGGAGCCAGGGCAGUGGUUGGAACUCUUGCUGGAGCCUGGCUCCCUCUAUAUCCUGAGGGAUUCAGCCCGUUACGAUUUCUCCCAUGAGAUCCUCCGAGAUGAAGAAUCUUUUUUUGGGGAGCAUCGGGUUCCCCGGGGUCGACGCAUCUCUGUGAUCUGCCGCUCUAUCCCUGAGGGGAUGGGGCCAGGACAGCUACCUCCAGCCUGUUGAUCCCCAGGCCUGUGCCCCCAGCUUCUUCCAAACACUGGAUUGGUGAAUAAAGUUGGACAGACAAGC